GUCACUGCUCACACCUUAUCGACAUGAGAAAUUUGCAAUUGAGCCACGAAUCUGCCACCUAAAAUCCUGCAGUGAUGAACUAGCCAUUCCAUCAACCGGAAGAUUCAUCUGCCACAUCUUUCAAAUUGCAGACCCAAACUUACAGAAACACGUGGCUACUUUAAAGCUCAGAAUGCUCAAGUCCGGUGUCAUGUGGGGGGAAGAUAUGUAUAGCGGGGCAUAAUCUCAUGGCAAUCCCUGUCGUUGAGAUAACGAUUUGAAGUCUUUGUCAUAUGUAUCAGCAGUGGCGUAUACGUUGGAUCACUCCUAAUCGGCUCGCAAAGGAAGUCGUUCACUGACUCGGAAGUUCAUGUGAUCACACAGGGCUGACCCGCGGCAUUUAAAGAGAACGUCAGAGCACUCUUGUCUCUCAUACCCUUCCACUACCACCAUGGCCAGUGGUUAUGAACUCCUGAAGGGCGGAGAUGACAACGAAGUCAAGUCACCCAAGCCGUAUCGUACCAUACGUCGUGUCGCGAUCGGUCUCGUAACAUGUUUGGCGUUGGUAACGCUUUCUUUUCUGCAUGUUCAUCCUCUAUCAGGAGAUCUGGGAGCACAAGAUCAAUAUGACGGAGACUCCGUGAGGACUUGUGCUUCACCCAUGCCCCCUACUGCCCGUCCCCCAGCCCCGAUCAAUCCAUGGGCCUCUCUCACCAUUGAGCAGACCGUUCAGAUCCAGAAGUGGUUGGAGGAGCCUGGUCGGGCUCUUAACCUGACGCGCGGGGCUAUAUCAAAGCCUUCAGACAAUCACAUAUUCAUGAUAGAAGCGUACUACCCGGCUAAAGCCAGCGUCCUAAGUUACUUCUCGUCGCUAUCCUCAUCAGACAUCCCGGAAAAGUAUGCACGGGUCACAAUUCACCACGGUUCUGCACCGGAACCUGUUGUAAAGGAUUAUCUUGUUGGACCGCUUCCUAUUGGACCAUCUACUCGCAUGGAGCAUCUGACGGAGGUAUAUCAUCUCGACGCUAUUCCGCACAAUGCACGUGGCUUUGAUACCCGUGACUGGACUUCCCCGGAAAUUUUUGAGAAGAUGGCGGCCCCUUUAAUGGAAGCAUACAAGGAACUUCUGGGCGGAACGCCCCAGGAUACCCUUACGACGGCCGGAAGUGGGCCGUUCAGCUCUGACGGUUCAUUCAGACGUCUGUGGCUUAGUUGGCGACGCAACACGCCCGGCUUCUUCUUACACCCACUCAACUUAUAUCAGUACGUUGAUCUCAGCGGUACCGAUUCCUCUCAAUGGCAUCAGUUAAAGAUUGUGUACAACCACCAAGUCUUUAGUUCCCCAGAAUCUUUCAUGGAAGCAUUCCACAACGGCAGCCUUAAACGUGUCCCUGUCAUCGACCCUGACACCGAUCUGUCGUACAGUACUCGUAAGCGUAUCGGAGCCCAACGUGAUCUCGACCAUCUUCCUGGACCUCGUUCGGUGUCGUUUGCAGGUCUAAGGUUCCGAGUGGAUCGUGAUCUUCAGUAUGUUAGUUGGAUGGGCUGGGGCUUGUACCUUGGUUUCGACAGAGACAUGGGCUUGAGCUUAUGGGACAUCAGGUUCCGUGGUGAACGGAUUGUUUAUGAGCUCAAGCCACAGGAAGCUCUUGCACAGUAUGCGGGUAAUGAUCCAUUCCAGGCAACGACUGCUUGGCUCGAUCGCUACUUCGGCAUGGGGCAGUCUGUCCGUGACAUGUUGCCAGGAUAUGAUUGUCCACAUGAGGCCGUGUAUCUGCCAGCGACCACUUACUCGGUGAAUGGAUUAACCACACAACAGCGUGCAAUUUGCAUCUUCGAGCAUGAUAGCGGACGACCUCUUACGAGACAUCUUGGUUACGAAGAAAAUGAGUUUGGGGCAGUCAAAGGCUAUGAACUUGUGAUCAGAAGUAUUGCUACGGUCGGAAAGUGUUUUGACUAUAUCUUCCAUCUUGACGGAACCAUCGAGGUCCGCGUCUCCGCCUCCGGCUAUCUGCAAGCUGGUUUCUACGAUAAAGCACAAGGGCAAUAUGGAAAUCGAAUCUGGGAAACCAGCAUGGGUAGUCUGCAUGACCACGUGAUCAACUAUAAGGUCAACAGCCUCCCCUGCGAUAAAUUUAUAGUGUUGAUGAUCCAUUACAGGUUGACCUUGAUGUGGCGGGUAGCAGCAAACUCGUUGUUGAAGACUACAUUGAGUCAAGAAGCAAUUACCCAGCCUUGGUUCGAGGAUGACUGGGGAGAUGAAGUUAUCCAGCAAGUUGUCACACGAGAAUAUAUCGACGAUGAGAACAAUGCCUUGUUAAAAUUUCCGACAAACUUCCAGGGCGGCUAUGCAAUCGUAAAUCAAGAAGAGACCAACAAGUGGGGAAUAUCGAGAGGAUAUGCUAUCCAUCCGGGCUAUUCUCCGAUCCACAACACGGUCGUUGGUUCUAAGCGGCUCCUGAAGAACGCGAACUGGGCACGCUACAAUCUGGCUGUCUCCCGUCGCAAGGAAACAGAACCCUCCUCGAGCAGUAUGUGGAACUUCAAUUUACCCGGUGGCCCUCCUGUCGACUUCCACAAGUUCUUUGAUGGAGAGAAUAUUACACAAGAAGAUCUAGUUGCCUGGGUGAACCUUGGCAUGCAUCAUCUUCCUCAAUCAGAAGACGCACCUAAUACACGAACAAAUACAGCGACAUCAAGCUUCUUCUUGACGCCUCUUAACUACUUCGACCACGACGUAUCUAUCGAGUCGACCAAUGCUGUCCUCCUGAAGAACCCAGAAAAGCCUGGCGACCCCUUCACAUAUGACGACUAUGGUGUUCAGCCCGCUCACUGCCUGCCGGAACACCCGUCACCUUUCGAGUACCAUCCGGCGAAGAUGUUCGACCUAGAUGGGAUGCCUGCACCUGCUUCGUCAAUUGAAGACAUGCGCAAGGCCUCGGAGUUAUAUCAUCGUAUCAAACUUGAGUUGUAAAGCCUUAUCGGAGAUGGGAAGGUGGCGUAGUGAUCAGGUAGCUAAUAAUGUGACUUCUUGCAACAUGUGUAUCAGUCUGUCCACGAGCCUAUGAACAAAAGGAGGUUCAGUUCCUGAUCCGUCUUUCAUCUUAAACUGA